AUGAUGUUACCUGUUCGAAAAGAUACCAGACUACAUGACUCCAGCCUGUUUGACGUGAAAGACGAGAAGAUCUCGUACGACCACUUCCCAGACCCAGCCUCCACGUUCGUCGUAAACCAUAACGUGAAGAAGUACAUAUGUACCUGCGGCAAGGUGUACAGUCAAAAGAGUUCUCUCGAUCGACAUCUGCGGUACGAGUGCGGAAAGAUGCCGAACGUGCCGUGUCUUCACUGCGGGAAAAUGUUCAAGCACAGGCAUCACGUGACGCAGCAUUUGAAAAGUUGCCGUCUGAAGGAGUCGAGAAAUUCCGACUUCGCAAACUGUAGUUACACGAGGAACAGAUAUCCGUCGCCACGGGGCCCAGAUUUCGGGAUGAAACCGUAUCCCUGCAUCAAGUGCGGUAGAGCCUACAGGAACAAAGGCAGUCUGAAGCGUCACCUGCACGACGAGUGUGGCAAAGCACCUCAGUACAUCUGCAGUAUCUGCGACAAGGGAUUCAAGCAAAAGGCCAACUUUCAGCGUCACAACUCGACGAUACACGGCCGUCAGUUGAGGUAUCCGCGAGACGAUGCCCCGAAGCCGUAUCCAUGUUCGAAGUGCACCAGGUCCUACACGAACAAAAGCACGUUGAACCGUCACUUGCGGGAGGAGUGUGGCAAAAUGCCGCAGUAUUUGUGCCGUUAUUGGUGGCAACUGGCGGUAGGACAAGAAGGAGACUCGCCGAUCUGCACUUUCUACCAAUGCCACGUUUGCGGUAAAACCUACUCGUGGAAGUCCUCCUAUCAUCGACACCUGAGGGAAGAGUGUGGCAAACAGGAGAAGGCCAAGUGCAAGAACUGUGGAAGACAGUACCGCUGGCGGGACUCUCUGAACAAACACUUGAAGUACGAGUGCGGCGUGGAGCCGAAAUACACGUCUUACUGCGGUUCAGACUAUUACAAGAGACUCGGGAGACACUUCUGCUCGAGUUGCGGCAAGGAGUACAGAUGGAUGCAGUCUCUGGUUAGACACGAAAGAGAGGAGUGCGGAAAGGACCCACAGCACAGUUGUCCCGUUUGCGGGACGAAAAUUCGCCAUAAAUGGAUGUUAAAGAAGCAUCUGAUCAAUGUUCACCACUGGGUCGUUUCCAAUGGGAAGGACACGUCGGGACUGCUUAGGAUAUUCGUCUGCGGCACCUGCGGCAAGACGUAUAAAUGGAAGGAGUCGUUGCAACAGCACCGCCGGCUAGAAUGUGGAAUCGAGCCGAAGUUCUGCUGCAUUUUCUGCGGCAGAAGAUUUAAGCACAAGCACCACUUGAAAGAACACGUGAAGAGACGUCAUCACUGUGGAGCCGCCGCCGCCGCGGAAACAAUUUACCCGUGCAAAGUGUGCGGCAAGAUCUACUCGAGAAAAUCCUCCAUGUACACGCAUCUACGUCUGUGCGGGAAGGAACCGAAAUUUCACUGCGUCCUUUGCGGCAGAUGGUUCAAAUACAACCAGCUUGAAGAAAUUGUGGUGGUGUUUCCAGUGUGGCAAACAGUACAUGUGGCGAGACUCGUUGAAGAAACAUCUGCGCAUCGAGUGCGGCAAGGAUCCUACGUUCGAGUGUCCGAUUUGUGGCAGGAAGUUCAAGCACAAACACCGCUUGCAGUCUCACGCUAGAUUGAUACAUUGUCUAAACGUAUGACAAAACCGGGGGACAUCCGAGUCUAAGCCUAGUCAUCGAUCGACGGCUCGACGAACGGGAAAACCUAAACCGCGACGCCGCACUUCGUAACAGACUGUGAUCGAGCGUUCUCUCGAAAAAUCGAUCCCCAAACGCUCUCUCGCGUUCUUUCUUUUUUUUUCUCUCUCUCUCC